AUGCAUACUGUGCGUUUUUCUGCUAAAAGCCCAGUUAUUGAAGAAUUAGAAAGGGAACUUAAUGAAACUAAGGCAGCAAUUGAUGAGGUUAAACAGGAAAAUAUGUACCUUGAACAUCUAAUUUCAAAUAUUGAACUGGAAUUCAAGAGAAACGUGACAGAAUUAGAGGCUCAAAAUGCAAAUGUCUCGGAGGAAGUUCUAAAGGAGACAGUGAAAGUCAAAGAACUGUACAUAAAUCUGACGAAUCUCGAAGAAAAGAAAAUGCUUCUAGAGAGAGAAAUUGCAGAACUCCAACACUGGAUAGAAGUGAGAACACUGGGCAUCAUGUUUAUCAAUCAAGACAUAAAAUUGUAUAGAGAGAGAAUAGAAAACGGUUCUGCUGAGAAGUGCUUUGAGUUCCAAGAGCCCGUACCAUUGCUGCUUGGGAGGUCCGACAGAGAUAAAGACAUGGUCCUUAUGCUUCAGAACGAAUUGAAUCAAACUAGGACAAUGUUGAACUACUUACGGUCUGUGCAGAAAGAACUACAAAUGAAACUGGAUCAGUUGACUCCAUAUUACAAACUUAAAAUUGAUAAUUUAUCAGAGUUACUUGAGAGAAACAUACAAGAUGAAGAACGCGCGAAAGAAACUGUGAAGACAUUUGAAAUGGAAUUAAAGGAAUUGUUUGCUAGGGUAUCAGAGUUAACAGUUGAAAAGAAUGAUUUAAUAAAGGAGCAAGACAAAAUUAAACAUGACGUGGUCGAUCUAAGAAUUGUUCUCUUAAAUAUUAAGAAAGAAAUUGCUUGCUUUGAAAAACUGGAAAUGAUGGUCUUGAAUACAACUCCUUUGUAAUGGGUAGAUGCUCCAGACACAACUUCUAUUCCAGUCAGAGCUUAAUGUAAGUGAUAAUUUAUUAUAUUCAGAAGUUUUGUAGAAUAAUUAGUCUUGAGUUGAUUUAAAUCUGAAUUAUUCCAUUCAA